UGCCCUAGCAAAGCACCUGCCAGCUGUGUUCAAGGACGCGACUGGUGUGGAGCAUUUGCCUGGUGCUGUCCAAGCACUAAGAUGGUUGGUUCAUAUGGCCUAUGGACAAGAUGCCUCACUAUGGGAUGCUGUACACAUGGUGAAUCAGUCGGGUUUAAUUCCGGAGUCUGCCAACCUAAAUCCCUUGCAUCAUAAAUUAUUUAUAGAAGCAUGCAAGCUGUUGCAGAUUUCAGAGCCCAGUCAUUUCACCUUGCGACCCAUCAACUCUCCUGCUGUGUUGCUGUUCUGGAGGUGUAUCAUGAUGAUUCUGAAUAACUGUAGUCCUGAUCAACAGCAGCAGUUUUACCAUUUUCAGCCUUCAGAAGACCCCAGCAAGGACGAUAAGAUGGUAGAGGAAGCGUCGGAUUCUGAACUGCCGUCAGACUUGGAGGAAUUUAUCCUGGUAGAUGAGGCUGAUUCAGACCAAGACGAAUCUACAGUACUGGCCAACACAUCAUUGCCUCAGGUAUUUGAUGCCCAUUUCCACCUAGACCGUUCACUUAGGGCAGUCUGGGGGAGGUCUGGAGGACGUACUGUAGAGGAAUUACUGCAAUACAGCUUCUCCAAUGAUGUUUCCUAUAAGCCAGCCAUCAAAGUAGACGUAGUUGGGGGAAUUAUUGUAUAUAGUGAACCCAAGUCCUAUCCAGAGGUAAACUUCACCUUACAAGGUCCCUGGAAAGUGGCUAUUGGAGUUCAUCCCAAGCAUUAUGAUACCCUCACCGUCGAAAAAACGAUGAAGAUGCAACAACUCCUAGAUCAUCCUAAAGUAGUGGCAUUGGGGGAAUGCGGCCUGGACAGAACCAUUGCUCCUUCCCAGUGGUGUAGACAAGAAGAAGUGUUUGUUAGGCUUCUGAAGUUAUCAAAAGUCGAGCAGCCCCUUGUUCUCCACCUCAGAGGACCAAGAGGAGACACUUAUUCCUCAGAUGUUCAUGGCCGUUGCCUCAUGUUAAUGGAGGAUAUCUGUGACCCAGAACAGAAAAUCCAUGUACACUGCUUCAUGGGAAGAGCUGACGUGGUGAGGACUUGGCUGCGGAAAUUUCCAAACACAUACUUUGGAGUGACAGCUGCCGUCCGAGCCUUUGACCGUGAACAGCUGGAAGGGUUACAGGCUAUCCCUCAUAAUAAGCUGCUCCUGGAGACCGAUGCGCCCUACUUUCCUUUAGGAGGUGCCAUCGUGAGUACUCCAGCUUAUUUGGGAGAAGUAGCAGCUUAUUUAUCCGUCCAUUUGAACAUGCGCCCCCCAGAGCUGAUGAGAACAACCGUCAUGAAUGCACGGAAGCUCUACGGAUGUUAAAACAGAGAAGACUGGUGACCAAGUGCAUGCCGCUUUAUUAGUGUGCUGAAGAUAUCUAAUGUUUAUUUUAAAGAUGCCUUCAUGCCGCUAUAAAGUGUGCUGACAGUGAUACAUUCAGUCUCCAUUGCAUCAAAUUCCUCGAACAGCUCCAGAUGUGAUGAUGUCUUUUGUGUUCUACUUUAUCAUCGCUGGAUGUUAUUAUGUGUUCCAUAUUCUGCUUCAUCGGUGCUGGAUGUGAUACGCUAUUUUAUAUUCUUAUAUGGCCAUGUUAACAGUAAUUCAGUUUUUGUUGUUUGUAUAAUUGUUUUAAAAAUUUUUGGCCAUUAUAGUAUCCAAUAGGUUUUGUUAUAAAGUAAUAUUUUGUAUAUUAAAUUAAUAUUGAAAAUUUAAAUAACUCAAAUACAGAACAUUCCAAUUGGAACGGGGAGGAGUGUUGUAAAGAAUUACCUAACGUACGACUUACUUAAGGACUUUCCCGAUUCUAAAAUUAGAUCAAUAGAGACUCUUUUCCCGCCAGCCCGUGCAGAACUUUGCCUACUGUAUCUUUGUAUAUUUGUACUUGUAUUGUUUACCUGUGCUUACAGAAUAUAUUCUAAAGUA